AUGGCUUUUCUUACUUGCUGGGCCUGUGUACUAGUUGGUUGUCUUUCUGCUUCUUUAACAAGAGCUUCUGACUUCUCUGACCUGUAUCCUCCUCUGUGGAAGGAGAGUCCUGGUCAACUCAGUGAUUACCCAGUGGAGAAUGGAACGUACAUUAUUAAUCCUUGGGUAUUUUCUGAGAAAAUGGGGGUGUAUAAAAUCUUAUUGAACAAAACAGCCACUUAUUUUGCAAAGUUUGCUCCAGGAAAUGAACAAAAUCUUUUAUGGGGGUUGCCUCUGCAGCAUGGCUGGCAAUAUACUUCAGGCAGAUUAGCUGAUCCAAGCCAAAGGACAGACUGUGGCUAUGAAUCUGAUCAUCUGUGUGUCUCUGUGGACAGUUGGUGGGCCGAUUUAAAUUACUUUCUUAGUGUAAUACCUUUCCUUGCUGCGGUUGAUUCUGGCGUUCUGGGGAUAUCAUCAGACCAAAUCAGGUUUUUGCCACCACCCAAGGAUCAGACGAGGUUUUGUUAUGAUGUUUCUGGCUGCCACUCAUCCUUCUCUGAGAUAAUGAAUAAAUGGAUUGACUUUUACCAGUAUAUGAAGUUACCUACUAGUAACUUUGAUGACCUUUUGAAAUACCUAUGGGAUGCACACACCAUAUCCUUGAAAACCUCUGUCAAAUCUUUUGAAGAUAGAUAUGCCUUUUACUCUGAAGAGGAAUUAGAAUUUGAGAAAAAUUGGAUUAUUGCCGUGGAAUAUAUAGGUGCAUCCCGCAUCCCUACAACUUUAAUCAGAGUGCAUAAAUCCCAGAAGGGCCUUCCACCACGAAUCCUUGUUAAUACUGACAAAGCCCCUGUAAUCAGUGACUUCACUGUUUUUCAGAACACCGUUUUGUUGGGUCUAAGCACUCUUGGCAAAGUGCAUAAAUCUUCAG